AUGUUGCUUGAAUCGAAGAAGAGAACACGCGUUCCAGACGAAGAAAGUGAUAAUAAGGAAAGUGUUGAAGGUUUUGGUGGUGUUAUGAUGGAUGGCAGGAAUAAUUACAAGGAAAAGGCUGGAAAAGUAGACUUGAAGAGAAUGCGGUUAGAUUUGGACCAUGAAAACUUGAGAAUCUCGACAAGAUCCGAUGCAUCAUCAUCCUCCUCUACUGAACUUUUAAAUCCUUAUAUGAACAUCAAUUCGGUUUUGUAUCUCGCUAAUUUGACGCGAACUUCGCAUAUUGUGAAUGAAUUGCAAGAUGAUCUUGGAUGCAUGGAAAUUGACGAGAGAGUUGCUUGUGCAAAUCAUCAUGGAAGAAGACAGGAAACUUCUUCAUCCGCAAUUGAGAAUGUUGGUUCUAUGGAUCAAGGAUUGAGUCAUGACCUUCAUUAUCGGUUUCAGAAUGGUGAGUAUAUUAAUGAAGGUUCUUCAGAGGUGACCGGUUAUCAGUCCAUUAAUGCAAUUUUGAGAGAAGCUUUCUUAAGAAGGCAUCAACACGUGGAUGCUCAAGAUUAA